AUGACCAUCAUGACCAUGAUCAGGGAGUUUAUCAUGACCACGGUCAUGACCACAUUCAUGGACCAUGAUCAUGGUAAUCAUCAUAACCCUUAUGAUCGUGACCAUCAUGACCAUGAUCAGGGUGAUUAUCAUGACCACGGUCAUGACCACAAUCAUGGUGACAAUCAUUACCACAAUCAUGGUGACUAUCAUGACCACUACGACUAUGAUCAUUUUGACCAUCAUGACCAUUAUGACCAUGACCAUAAUGACCAUCACGACCUUGAUUAUGCCGACCAUAAUAACGUUCAUGAUCAUGUUCAUGGUGACCAUCAUGAACAUAGUGGCCAUAAUCUUGGUGACCAUUGUGACAAUGAUGAUGCUGCUCAUCAUGACCAUUAG